AUGUUGAAGUUUGCUAAUUCUGAAGAAGAGAAAACCUUUGAAAAGGUCUUCCAAGUUUUGCCUGAUCUAAUUAAAAAUAAAUGUGGUGGUUACGAUGAGCUGUACGGCUACAAGAUGAACCCUGAAGACAAAGAUGAAAACACUAAAAAGUUUUAUGAUGAGGUUACUGCUAAGGCGUUAAUUUACAAGCUUUGUAAAGCCACUAACUUCAAUUAUCAGGAGACGGUGGACAGAUUUGUUGAAAUUAUGAAAUGGCGAUCCAAGUUCAACCCAUUGAGCGCAGCAUUCUUGGAAUCACAUAAUAAGGAAUUGAAGGACGUUGGUAUUUUGACUUCCUAUCCCACUGAAGAAAGCAACAAAAAGGUUGUUACAUGGAACCUUUACGGCCAGUUGGUAAAGAAAAAGCAUCUUUUCAAGGAUGCAGACAAAUUCAUUCGUUAUAGAAUUGGAUUGAUGGAAAGAGGGCUGCGUUUACUGAAUUUUACCGAUGAUACAAAUUGCUUCAUGACUCAGGUUCAUGACUACAAAGGUGUUUCCGUUUUGAGAAUGGACAGCGACAUCAAGAAAUGUACUAAGCAAGUCAUCGCCAUUUUCCAGCAGUACUAUCCCGAACUGUUGUUUGCCAAAUUUUUCAUUAACGUUCCUACACUCCUGUCAUGGGUCUAUGAUCUUGUGAGGGCUUUUGUUGACAAGGAAACAAUGAAGAAAUUCGUGGUUUUGAAUGAUGGGUCUAAAUUGGGAACCUACUUGUCCUCUUGCCCAAAGGAUCCAUAUGGUGGUAAAGACGUUAACAACAGUCUACAAGGCGAGAAUGUGGCCGAUGUUAGGCCCACUGAAUACGCACUGUUUCUAUUGGAAAGCCAGAACAAUAUAGAUAUUGAGUAA